CGAUUCAAGCAGGCGCGCGGGCCAGCGUCACACACCGUUACACAUCUACCUACCUACCUACCUAACUAUCUAUCUAUCUAUCUAUCUAGCUCUAUUUAUCUAUCUAUCUCUCGCUCUGUCUUACUGAGAUCCGAGUGGACGGAGAUUCAGUGUUUGCGUACGUGCAUCGGUAUACACUCUGUGGGGCAGCGUGCUUAUAGCUGUGCGAGAGAGAGAGAGGAGAGAAGAAGAAGAAAAAGCAGAAGAAGAAGUAGUAGAAGAAGGAGGAGGAGAAGAAGAAGAAGAAGAAGAAGAAGAAGAAGUAGUAGUAGUAGAAGAAGAAGAAGAAGAAGAAGAAGAAGAAGAAGAAGAAGAAGUAGUAGAAGAAGUAGAAGAAGAAGAAGAAUCUACGGAGAAGAACAGAUCGUAAGAGAUUGUGUUUUGAGAACAGUUUCGCAUCGGUCGACGAUCUCUGUAUCUGAGCAGCAGCAGCGGACGUCUCAUCCCUAGAACUUCUUCCCUGUUUCCGGAGAUUCCUUCAUGCUCCAUGUGCGCGGGGGAGAUCCCAUGUCUACCGGUGCCAUCAUGAGAAGCUACCUCUCCGUAUAAGAACCCCGACCAUCGUCAACAUCACCGUCAACGCCACGACGAAACCAACGAGUGAACUUUUUGCCAGCACCGACCGACGCCACUAGCAGCAGCAUCACCGACCGCAGCAACCGUAGCAACAGCAGCAGCAGCGUCAGCGUCGGCAUGACGACGGCACGCAAGCGUAUCGCCAUCAUCGGCGGCGGCAGCAGUGGAUUGACGGCGAUCAAAUCCUGCGUCGAGCAGGGACUCGAACCCGUCUGCUUCGAACGUGACGGCGACGUCGGCGGCCUGUGGCGCUACAAGGACGACGCCGACGCCGCGAGCGUCUACCGCUCGUGCGUCUUCAACACGAGUAAGGAGCUGACAGGUUUCAGCGACUUCCCCGUGCCUGCAGAUUACCCUCCCUUCCUGUCGCACGCCUUCUUCCUACGCUACCUCCGACUCUACGCCAAAGCGUUCGACCUGAUGCGUCACAUCCGGUUCAACGUCGCCGUCGUCGGCGUGCGUCCGGCGGUCGACUACGAGACGACGGGCCGCUGGACGGUCGCGUAUCGGCGACGCGGCGACGAUGACGCAGACUGCGUCGUCGAGACGUAUGACGGCGUCAUGCUGUGCACGGGUCAUCACUGGAACCCGCACGUGCCCACGUUCGACGGUCUGGACAUGUUCGCAGGCAGCGUGCUGCACUCGCACGCUUACCGCACGGGCAAGGACAUGAUGGGCAAGCGUAUACUGAUUAUAGGUAAGAGAACGUUGUUGACGGAAGCGGAAAUGACGAAUGACGUAAACAGGAAGAGUGAUGCCAUACGCGGCCAGUACGUGCAGUCGCAGCGCCACACGUUGGAGGCGUUCUGGAUUCCACUCAUGGACGAACUGGCAGCGGAAGUGGGCGCUCGCCCCGACCUCUGGUGUCUGUUUAAGCGAGACCCGUUUCUCGCUUUGCGGUGUCUGGUCGGGCCGUGCGUGCCGGCGCAGUAUCGGUUGAUGGGGCCUGGAGCGUGGUCGGGAGCAAAGACGACAAUACAGGACACGUUUCGCAACACGAUGGCGCCACUGAAGCAGCGCGCGGUGCCGCCCUCUGACGGCGCAUCGCAGCUGAUCGUCGUCGACAAGUGCGUCGACGGCGGUGUCGCCACCUGGCGGAUCUACUACGCCGCAAUUCUCAUGCUGCUGCUGCUCGUGUUUAUGUACAAGUGCGCAUGCGCACUAGUCGCGUAGAUUCGCCUGGGUAAAUCUUCGUGCCUCGAACAUGUAUUAUGCACACAAAUCUUCUUAGAGUGGCGACGGCGUCCUUCGUAAGGAUAAUUGAUACAACAACAACAAUGACGUGUGAGAGUCUAUAUUACCGCUCUCUACCGAUUGUUUCUGUCGCAAAUCCUAGAUUCUUAUUGGCUGUUAAAAUGGCUGACUGUCACGUGACGAACCGGGUUUACCGGGACGCCAUCUGGCAGCUGGUCGUUCAAAUGUCGCACCUGCUGUUUCUAUUAUGCGGACGGCAGACAGUAAACUAGGUAAUGUACAUACAGGUAGUACAUACUAGACAGUAAACUGUACAUAGUGUGAACACAGAGCGAUGGAUGCUCACCUGUUAUAGCAUAUUUUACAUAGCUAAGCGGAGAGAAGCGUGUGCGAAAAUAAUGUUCGAUUACUAUAUAUUUUUGUACAUCUGUGUGUAAAUUAGUGACGUCAGAUAUGAACAGACUUGUAUAGCUUUAGAGAACAGAUAUUAUUUAUUAGGGCGCGUUAACCACUUGUAAAUAAAAGUCUUUAGUCAUCAUA